AUGAACUUUGAUUGCUGUGAAAUCCAGCUCAACUGCACCUCCAAUGGCGUUGUUUUAAUAAACGAAUUCCCAGUCGAGCAAAUCAAUUCAGAUGACUUAAUUGUCACCCUUCCCACCACAUGUGGUCUCCCUGUUAACGCCCUUUGCAACCUCUACAGUAAAAACUGCACUACUGAGACAUCAAACUGUUAUCUCCCUGUCCAACUUCCACAGUUUCGUAGCGCAAUUGUCAAUUGUAGCAGUGUUGGUUAUGGUAACAUGAGUUGUUACGUAGGUGAUGUUAGAAGUAAUAUGUUUCUUGAUUAUGGUAAUGUGACAAGCUUGGGGUGCAAGUUUUUGCUGACUGGUUUCGUGUCUGAAAGGAUUGGGGGUGUUGGCCCACCCCCUUCAAUGACACGAGCAGUUAAGCUAGGGUGGUGGGUUAAAGGGACUUGUGACGACCCGUGUUCUACUGGUGCUGAUUGUACACGAAUCGUGUCACCAACAGAUGGAAGUGAUGGUUAUCGAUGUAAGUGUAAAAGUGGGUUCAACGGAGACGGGUACAAAUCCAGCUCGGGUUGCCUGCCACUAAAAGGUACAGCAUAUCAUCAUCUAGCCAAGAUUUUAAAAUUGAAUUUUACUGGGGCUAAUUUUAAAAGUAAUAUUUUCAGCAUAUGA